UACUCGUCUUAUCUCCCACCAGCCAGUGCGAUUGGCAACUCCGCCUGUGUACAUUGCGGCGACGGCGACCCGCGAUGAAGCUCCUCGUGUCACCUCCGCCGCCGCUGUUCCCCUCCUCCCCCUGCCGCCGUUCAGGUAAGGCUAUUCUCCAGAAGCAUUUCCAUGCGGUAGCAACACGAGAAUCUUGCAAAUGCGGGGAAGCCAACAGAACGGCGAUCUGCAGGGUUGCAGAGACCCAUGGCUCUGAACAAGUAAAGGGAAGGGAACCACUUAGGCGCGGCACGGUCAGUCCACGCCUCCCGGUGCCCGAGCACAUCCGCCGACCGCCUUACGAUGGUACCGAUCAUCUGCCAGAUGUAAAUCCCGGUCGGCAAAUGCAUGACCGUGAGAGCAUCGUUCAUAUGAGAGCCGCAUGCGAGCUUGCUGCCCGAGUUCUUCAGUAUGCAGGAACAAUGGUGAAGCCCUCCGUGACGACAGAUGAAAUCGACAGGGCAGUUCAUCAGAUGAUCAUUGAUGCUGGUGCCUACCCUUCUCCCCUUGGAUACGGCGGGUUCCCGAAGAGCGUCUGCACGUCGGUGAAUGAGUGCAUCUGCCAUGGAAUUCCUGACUCACGCGCACUACGGGAUGGGGAUAUCAUCAACAUUGAUGUUACAAUCUACUUAAAUGGAUAUCAUGGUGACACCUCAAGAACAUAUCUGUGUGGGGAGGUCGAUGAACCUACUAAGCAGCUUGUAAAGGUCACUAAAGAGUGCAUGCUAAGGGGCAUAUCAGCCUGCAAACAUGGUGUUAGCUUUAAGGCAAUUGGAGAGAGAAUAAGUGAACAUGUGAACAAGUACGGCUACAGCAUCGAUCCCUUCAUCGGGCACGGAGUUGGGACGAUCUUCCAUUCAGAACCCAUCAUAUGGCACACCUAUGAUUAUGAGCCAGGAUUCAUGGUCGCAGGCCAGACAUUCACAAUCGAUGCAAGUAACGUAGGACUGAGUAUGUGACUACCUGGCGGUUUGGUUUGUGAUGGUUCAUCCUGCAGAGCCUACCCUGUCCAUGGGGAGCACACGGUGCGAGGUGUGGGACGACGGCUGGACCGCCAUUACGGUGGAUGGCAGCCUCAACGCGCAGUUCGAGCAUACGGUGCUGGUUACCGUCAAUGGCGCAGAGAUUCUCACAAAGUGUUAAGAGAGGGUGAAAGGUGGUGCGUCAGCGUACCGUUUGAGAGUAUGUUCACAAGCGAGUUCAGCCCAUUGACGAAGGCCCGUCUCAUUGAAGAAAAGUUUUCUUUAGAGAGAAAUUUGAAGAAAAAGUUAUGUUUCAGGUCUCCUUGGAACCUACAAAUCAAAAAUUCAAAACAUGAGGACGUCAAGAUAAGUAGCAUAAGAGCAUGGUUAAUAAUAUAGCCAGUUGCUAGCUACAUCAUAUUGUCUUGUCAUUUAUAGUCAAUGUAAUAGCCAACAUAUAUAAUAGUUAGUGACGGAGCUAAAUCCGGCAGAUCUUGAGUAGGGGGUACCAAUCUGGUGUCUUGCUGGAUGGCAACAGGACACAUGGGGACACCGAUUUUUACCCAGGUUUGGGCCCUCUCAAAAAGGUAAAAUGGUGCGUCCUACUUUUGUUGUAUUGAUUGUGAAUGGGGUACAAAAUACAUGUGAACUACCGUGAGAUCA